AUAAGGAGAGGAAUAUGUUGAAGACGAUGGAAGAGGCGGCCAAAGAGGCCAAGGAGUUGAUGCCCAGUCCUGAACGCGUCGAUAAAGUGGAGCAAAGUAUGAAGAACUUGGAGGAAGUGGUCCGCGAGCGCAACAAAGCCUAUUGGGAGCUCGAGGUCGGCGAAGGAACCACUGGCGAGCGGCCGAAGGUUUUUCGUCGCGACAUAUUUGGCCGCUGGAAAUGGAUUGGCUGUUCCGAGCAUUUGGUUCCGUAUCGAUACAAUCCGAAGUGGAGAGCACUGAACGCACCCGGAUUUGGCAAAGAAGUCAUUGACUUUAACCGCAAACUCAAUGAGAAGAAGUUGUUGGAGAAGAAGUCGCUUAUAUUCCGACAGAAGUAUUACUGUCGACAACUGAUGAGAAGGUUUCCAGAUAUGGAUCUCAAUUAUCUUCAGGAAAAGUUCCCAGACGUGGAUGUGAUGGAC